GGGCUGGGUUGGCGGGGCCGGAGGGAGGCUGGCGGGCGGCCUGCCCCGCAGGAAGGCCGCGCGUUCCUGUCCUCUCGGUGAACCUGCCCGAGAGGAGCGCGGGAGUUAUUGGGUAAUCAGGGCUUGUCAGCACCUUGGUUAUGCAGCGCGGCGCGAUCCGAUAAUGUGAAUGGAACCUGUAAUAGCGCUGAUGAAAAGCACGCCGGUUUGAAAAGGGCCGUGAAUGAUUUUUUUGUUCAUUUUCUGUUUACAUGCGAUGCGUUAUUGAUGUCGCUACCUGCUGAUACGCUGGCUUGUUUCUUGGAAAAACUGGGGAUUAUUCAUUAUUUUAAAAAAGACGGGCAGAGAAAGGGAAGGAGGGAGGGAAGGAGUGAAAGAAAGAGCCCUGUUACGUGAAGAAAAUUGCAUUCGAAUGCUGCAACUGAAACAUAUUGAUUUUCUGGCACAGACUUUUUAGAUUAAAAAUGCCAAUACUAAAUCCUUUCAUGACCUAUAGUUCAUAUGAAGUUCACGUGUCAUUUACUAUUAUUCUGGAAAAAGCAGAAUCUUUAAUGAAAACACGAUUUGAAGGAAUGCUCUGCCAUCCCAUCAUUUGCAUGCGGUAGUAAUAAUACUUGAUUAAGGGCUAAAUAUGCUACCAGGGCGGAGGUUUACGUUUUUUUUCUUUUUGGUAAAUUGAAGUCCAUUUAUCUUUUUUAAUUGCUUGCUUGUGUUUACCCUCAUCUUAAGCUUUAUACUCCCUUUCUUUUUCUUUCUUUUUCUUCCUUUUAUUCACUCUUUGUGUGACGAUAGGCAAUCAAAGAAACUCAUUUUUCCCACCGCUAAGCAUAAGGAUCUCGCUUCAGAUUUUAUGGCAUUCAGGGGAUCAAUGAGUCAAAAUGCUAUUUUGAUCUGCAAUACUGCAAACAUUUCUAGUAUAAAUUCCCAGAGAUGACCCUGACUUCUCUGGCUGUUUUUACCCUUUCCUAAUAGAGACUUUAAAGGUACUGAUGUUGUGCUAACGUCAGGUUGGAAAAUUUAGGGCCGAAUUCCUGGCUCAGGUGAUUUCAAACCCUUGGCUAUUUCCUGCAUCUAACACGUCUGUAUUGCAUUUCAGUGUCUUUAAAAGAGGACCUUCCCCUCGGGAGGGAUGUUGGGAACAGGGAUGGGGCUGCUGUGGCCCUGCUGCCUCCAUCAGCGCUGAAGGACAUGUCCAUCUCUAGGCACUGCUCCCUCGCUUCAGUCUGUGCUGGGCUCAUGCACACUUCUGAGUGAGAGGUUCUUCACACAGGAGCUCUUUUGUAUUUCACCCCAAACUCCUAUAACUCCCUAUUGUGUGUGUCUGUAGUCACUCAAACAGGCCCAGGAUAGCGUAUUUAUCAUCAUUCAGUGCAGUAUGGAUCUUACUCAGGAAAGCUGUUGAGCACUUCCUUAUUUAAAGAGGGGCAGAGGAAAUCUGGGUGAUAAACGUAUUUACUUUUCCACAGGUUUGUUUGCCAGCCGGGCUCGCAGGAAGUUACUCUUUAAAUCUGAUCAAUAGACUGUUUCUCUGGGAAGGCAGAGGAGAGGGCCUGGGUGCGGUGAGCACUGGAGAGAGGCGCCGGGCACUGGGGCCUCUUUGCCUUUCCCACCAUUCUUCCAUAGCUUGCGCACUGAUUAAAGUCCCUGUGGAUACUUUGGGAGAGUAAAAGGCUCAUCUGAGGCACUGGAAGAGAGGAACAGAGUUGCUGGAGGACAUGUCUAUCUGUAAAAAGUCGGAACGUGUUUUUUUUCACUGCAUACUUUAUGGAAAAAUUCCCAGUGUUUGCUUUCUUUUGAGGAUCUUGAGAACGCUUAGGCUUUGGGCCUGAAGGUCCCUGUUCACUAUGAGGAAUGUUCAGUGCAGAAACCUUCUCCCAAUGUAAGGAACUGGGAGCAUUUCAGUCGUCUUGGCAGCUUUACCUGGUAGAUAAGGCUGCUCAAGCUUCUUGGCUUCCAGUCAUGACUUCUGGGAGAACUCCCAACCUGAAAAGCUUACAUCUCUGUUUUAAAACUGUGCUGGUUUAAACUGGGACAGAACUAAUUAAUUUUCUUCAUAGUGUCAGGUAUGAUGCUAUGUUUUGGCUGCAAGAGGAAAGCAACAUUGUUAACACACCAGUGUUUCAGCUGUUGCUGAGCAGACCCAACCCUAUUUCAGUUUCUCAGCUUCUCAUACUGUCCUACCAGUGAGGGGGACUGAGGGAGUUCGAGGAGCUGGGAGGAGACAGAAGCUGAACAGCUGACCUAAACUGGCCACCUGGAUAUUCCACAUCAUGUGACAUCAUGCAAAAACAAACAAACAAACAAACAAAGCCAAAACAGCUUGAAAGACUGUGGGGAGUUGGCCUGGGAAGCAGCCAUUGCUUGGAUACUGGAUGGGCAUCGUUAGGUGCAGUUGAAACUCAGAGCACCAGUUCUGAGGAACUUGUUCCAAGCCCUCCUUCACCACUUCCACCCCCGCGUGUUUACAAGCCCUGUUUUGUCUGUCAAGACAAAUCAUCUGGAUAUCACUAUGGUGUCAGUGCUUGUGAGGGAUGUAAGGGCUUUUUCCGCAGGAGUAUCCAGAAGAACAUGGUUUACACAUGUCAUAGAGAUAAGAACUGUGUUAUCAAUAAAGUUACCAGAAAUCGCUGCCAGUACUGCAGACUACAGAAGUGCUUUGAAGUGGGAAUGUCCAAAGAAUCUGUCAGAAAUGAUAGGAACAAAAAGAAGAAGGAACCUACAAAGCAGGAGUCCACAGAAAACUAUGAAAUGACAGCAGAGCUGGAUGAUCUCACUGAGAAGAUCCGAAAAGCUCACCAGGAAACCUUCCCCUCGCUCUGCCAGCUGGGAAAGUACACUACAAACUCGAGUGCAGACCAUCGGGUUCGACUGGACCUUGGGCUCUGGGACAAAUUCAGUGAACUUGCAACAAAGUGCAUUAUUAAAAUAGUGGAAUUUGCAAAACGAUUGCCAGGCUUUACAAGCUUGACCAUUGCAGACCAGAUAACUCUACUUAAAGCAGCCUGCCUGGACAUACUGAUCCUCAGAAUUUGCACAAGAUACACCCCAGAACAAGACACCAUGACAUUUUCAGAUGGCCUUACCCUGAACCGAACUCAGAUGCACAAUGCUGGAUUUGGCCCCCUGACCGACCUCGUGUUCACCUUUGCCAACCAGCUCCUGCCUUUGGAAAUGGAUGACACAGAAACCGGUCUCCUUAGUGCCAUCUGCUUGAUCUGUGGAGAUCGUCAGGACCUUGAAGAACCAAUGAAAGUGGAUAAGCUUCAGGAACCGUUGCUUGAAGCGCUGAAAAUCUAUAUCCGAAAGAGACGACCCAACAAGCCUCACAUGUUUCCAAAGAUCUUAAUGAAAAUCACAGAUCUUCGUAGCAUCAGUGCAAAAGGUGCAGAACGUGUCAUUACGUUGAAAAUGGAAAUUCCUGGAUCCAUGCCACCUCUUAUUCAAGAAAUGUUGGAGAACUCUGAAGGACACGAACCACUGACACCAACCUCAAAUGGAAAUACUGCAGAACACAGUCCGAGUAUCUCACCAAGCUCAGUGGAUAACAGCAGUGUCAGUCAAUCCCCUAUGGUGCAAUAAGACAUUUUCCAGCUACUUCAGACAUUCCUAACACCUUAUGUACAGGGAUGAAAAGCAAGAAAAACAUUUUUACUGCUGCUUACUUUCUGGACUUAAUAUAUAUCUAUAUAUGUAUAUAUAUAUAUAGAUAAAAACUCAACAAGGACCAAGAAAUUUUCGUAUGUAUCAAUAUAUACUCCUUGCUGUUUAAACUCUUAAAAUAGAAAAUGCAAACUUUUGAAACUCUAAAUCAGCCAUUUCAUGCAAAAAAAAAAAAAAUAGUUAAGCUUCUGUUUUCUCUUCUGAACGUUCAAGACUGCAUGGUGACAAAGACAGAUCUCAAACUUUAAAUUCUGGUUGCAUUUCUGAUGACUUUGUACAUACAGAUGUAUGGCUGUACUUUCUGUACUGGAUGUUUGGUGCUUUCCUUCUGUCUCUCAUACCUAAAACGAUCAAGACACCAACCAGCUGAAAUGGACUACUGUACACAUCCAGAAAAGGAAAUUUCAAGGACCGUCUGAUCAGUUAAUAUGAAAACUACUCUUUGAUGCCUUCAGUUUGCAUCUCCUUCCUUGUAAAAAGUAUACAAAAAUCCCUGCACUUGCAGAAAAGACAUCGGUGUUGGCAUUAACUGCCAGAUCAGUUAUUCAGAUGUCAUUUGUUCCACUGUUAAUGUCACUUUAAAAUUUAAAAAGUGGUUUAUUACCUGGCUGGUGACCUAGCUACACCGUUACCUACUACAUUUCUACAGUAAUGAUAGCCUCCAAGGCAGAAACACUUCUCAGUGUUACCUUGUUUUUGUUUACUUAUUCACAAGCCAUUAGGGAAACUUCAUGGGAUGAUAACCAGCAGACUCAUUUACAGCUUUCGAAGGGGUGAGUCCAGGGUAUUUCCUUAAGAGUCGACCGCCAGGAACGAGCUGGGCUAUGCGGCCUUCCAGGUGCUAGGGAAGUACAGACAGGACUUCCAGAAACACAAGGAGAGAAUCUGCCUUCUUGGCCUUGUUAAAUCACCAUGAAGCAGAGUGAAAACUGUGGUAGAAUGGUUAACAGAUUUAAAGUGUCAGUUUCUUAGGUUUCAUUUAAAGCACUAGUGGAUUUUUUUUAUAUAUUCUAGCAAGUCUGUGAUGUACUUUCACUGGCUCUGUUUGUACAUUGAGAUUGUUUAACAAUGCUUUCUAUGUUCAUAUACUGUUUACCUUUUUCCAUGGAGUCUCCUGGCAAAGAAUAAAAUAUAUUUAUUUUAAAAAA